AUGGCAUGGGAGCUGUUCUGUGUCAUCCUCAUUGUUAUCAUUGUUACAUUGUACUGCAGCGGCAUCAUGACUAUCACACUGAUGGUUCUUGACACUUACCUGGCAGUCCACUGGCCACUGCAUUACGAAAACAUUGUGCCAUCUUCCAGAACCAAAAAGAUAUUGCCCGCCAUUUGGAUAUUGGCAUCCCUAUACCCAGUUACCAUUAUGAUCAAACAACGAGUGGAAGCGACAGCGAGUGGGAGAAGUACAGGUGUUUGUCUCAUGCCAUUGACUCUGGGCUCCGGGCCAGUAGGUAAUGAAAUGAUAAUUAGUGUCCACGUGUGCUUCACUUUAGGCUUCUUACUGUGUUUGUCUGUGGUUGUGUUUUGUUACAUACGCUUGUACUGGAUCACCAAGACAAAUGGCCUUUGGCAGAGUCGUUACUCGCGGGCUAAAGUGACUUUAAUUGUUCACGCUGUGAUGCUUCUCCUUUACUUCGGCCCUGGUUUGGUUUUCACCAUCGAGUUUAUUUUGUUUUAGAAGGAUCAUGUGAGCUCGGAUGUCAGGGUGUGGACAAGUGCUGCAAAUAGCAACUUUCUGAUGAUGCUGCCGAGAGCUUUUUUUCCUUACCUGUAUGGACUGAGGUACAGGGAAAUAUUAAACACUCUCGGUCAGAUCAGUAUAUUGAUUUAG